AUGGCAGUGAUGGCAGUGGGAGAGCACGUGCCCUCCGAGCUGUGGGAGCCCUUCUACACCGACCAGUACGCGCAGGAGCAUGUGAAGCCCCCCGUCACGCGGCUGCUGCUCUCCGCCGAGCUCUACUGCCGGGCCUGGCGCCAGACUCUGCCGCAGCUCGAGACACCCCCCAGCCCCUCUGCGCUGCUGGCCCUGCUGGCCCGGAGGGGCACGGUGCCCGCGCUGCCCGAGCGCCCGGUGCAGGAGGCCGACCUGCGGCACCAGCCCAUCCUCAUGGGAGCUCACUUAGCGGUCAUUGAUGCCCUCAUGAUUGCCUUCACCUUUGAGUGGACAAAGACGCUACCCGGUCCCUUGGCCCUGGCCAGCUUGGAGCACAAGCUCCUUUUCUGGGUGGACACGACCGUCCGUCGGCUGCAGGAAAAGACGGAGCAGGAAGCUGCCCAGAGAGCGUCUCCUCCGGCUCCCCCGGAGGGGGUGGCCCCGGCACAGCCCUCGUGCCCCACGCGCUGGUACUGGAAGCUGGUUCCUCACGCAAUUGCCUUCUGUUUGAAGGAGUCGGGGAGCAAACCCCCCAUGAUCCGGUACCGAAAGGACCGUGCGGUCGCCCGACGUGCCCCCUGCUUCCCGGCGGUGACUGGCCUCCAGGACCUGGCGAGCGGGGCCGCGCUGGCGACCACCAUCCACUGCUACUGUCCGCAGCUGUUGCGCCUUGAGGAGAUAUGUCUCAAGGACCCCAUGUCCGUGGCGGACAGCCUGUACAACCUCCAGCUGGUGCAGGACUUCUGUGCUUCCCGCCUUCCCCGGGGCUGCCCGCUGUCCCUCGAGGACCUGCUCUAUGUCCCACCGCCCCUCAAGAUCAACCUGGUGGUGCUGCUCGCAGAGAUGUUCAUGUGCUUCGAGGUGCUGAAACCUGACUUUGUGCAGGCCAAGGACCUGCCCGACGGACACGCUGCCUCCCCCCGGGCUGCAGAGACCGCCACGCCUCCGAGCAACAGCGGCAGCAGCUCCCCUGUCUUCAACUUUCGCCAUCCACUCCUGUCGCCUGGUGGCCCCCAGUCCCCGCUCCGAGGAUCUACAGGCUCCCUGCGCUCCUCCCCGUCCAUGUCCCACAUGGAGGCCCUCGGCAAGGCCUGGAACCGGCAGCUCAGCCGCCCCCUCUCCCAGGCUGUGUCGUUCAGCACUCCCUUUGGCCUGGACAGCGACGUGGACGUCGUCAUGGGAGACCCCGUCCUCCUCCGCUCAGUCAGCUCCGACAGCCUGGGCCCCCCUCGCCCCGCGCCGGCCCGGCCCCCCGCCCAGCCAGCCCCGGAGCCUGGCGACCUGCCUACCAUUGAGGAGGCCCUGCAGAUCAUCCACAGUGCCGAGCCCCGGCUGCUGCCCGACGGGGCUGCCGACGGCAGCUUCUACCUCCACUCCCCUGAGGGGCCCUCCAAGCUGCCUCUGGCGUCCCCCUACCCGCCUGAGGGGGCCUCAAAACCGCUGCCCGAUGGGCCCACCAAAGCACCCACCUACUUGCCCCACCCCGAAGUCCCCUUGAAAGUGCCUCCCUGUCCAGCAGGGGAGGUAUCGAAGCCCCUGGCUCCGUCCGAGGGGUCCCCGAAGGCUGUUGCUUCGUCCCCAGCAGCCAACAAUUCUGAAGUGAAGAUGACCAGCUUCGCCGAGCGCAAGAAGCAGCUGGUGAAGGCUGAGGCCGAGGCCGGGGUGGUGUGCCCGGAGGCCGUCCCGGCACCCCCCGAGGCCCUGAGCUCCGAAAUGAGUGAGCUUGGCGCCCGGCUGGAGGAGAAACGGCGGGCCAUCGAGGCCCAGAAGCGCCGGAUCGAGGCCAUCUUCGCCAAGCACCGCCAGCGGCUGGGCAAGAGCGCCUUCCUGCAGGUGCAGCCGCGGGAGGCCGGAGGGGAGGCGGAGGCUCCGGCGGAGCCCGGUGUGGCGCCCGGUCGACCCGUGGAGCUUCGGCUGGCGCCCCUGACGCGGGUGCUCACCCCCCCGCACGACGUAGACAGCCUCCCCCACCUGCGCAAGUUCUCCCCGAGCCAGGUGCCCGUGCAGACACGCUCCUCCAUCCUCCUGGCCGAGGGCCCGUCUCCCGAGGAAGCCGCGGCCCGGCCCGGCCUCAUCGAGAUCCCGCUGGGCAGCCUGGAAGAGCCCCCGGCUGAGGAUGAGGGGGCAGGGAGCCCCCCUGGGGCGGAGGACUCCUUGGAGGAAGAAGCGUCCUCGGAGGGCGAGCCCCGGGCGGGACUGGGGUUCUUCUACAAGGGUGAAGACAAGCCCGAGGACGAGAUGGCCCAGAAGCGGGCCAGCCUGCUGGAGCGGCAGCAGCGGCGGGCGGAGGAGGCACGGCGGCGGAAGCAGUGGCAGGAGGCCGAGAGGGAGCAGCGGAGGGAGGAGGCCGCUCGUGGCCUCAUGUCCCCCAGCCGCCUGCCCGGCAGCCGCGAGCGCGACUGGGAGAACGGCAGCAACGCCUCGUCCCCCGCGUCGGUGCCCGAGUACACAGGUCCACGGCUGUACAAAGAGCCCAGCGCCAAGUCCAACAAGUUCAUCAUCCACAACGCCCUGUCCCACUGCUGCCUGGCGGGCAAGGUGAACGAGCCGCAGAAGAACCGCAUCCUCGAGGAAAUUGAGAAGAGCAAGGCCAACCACUUCCUGAUCCUCUUCCGGGACUCGAGCUGCCAGUUCCGGGCCCUCUACACGCUGUCGGGGGAGACGGAGGAGCUGUCUCGGCUGGCGGGCUACGGCCCGCGCACCGUCACGCCCGCCAUGGUCGAGGGCAUCUAUAAGUACAACUCGGACCGCAAGCGCUUCACUCAGAUCCCCGCCAAGACCAUGUCCAUGAGCGUGGACGCCUUCACUAUCCAGGGACACCUCUGGCAGAGCAAGAAGCCCACGACUCCCAAGAAGGGCGGCAGCACCCCCAAGUAGCUCCGCCCUGGGUGGUCCGCGGGCCGGGCCCACGCGCUCUGGCCACCGCCCUCCUGGACACAGGCAGCUGGUCCUCCUGGGUCCUGUCUGUGCCGACUCUUGUCAGGGUGGGGCUGGAGACCCCACUCCCUACUUCUGUCCUGUCCUGCUGUGGGGGCUGAGCUGGGAGGUUCAGGGACUCAGGGCUCAGCUCAGUCCCCUGUCUGUCCUCCCCUGCCUUCUUGAAUAAAAUAAUUUAAAGAGA